AUGAAGCAACACAGAAUGUUUGAGGAAGAAGCUGAUCGUCGGCGUGGCUUCUGCCUGCUCCACUUUGGCCAUUGUUGCCUGCCUUCAUUGUGGUUCCAUCGCUCUACAACACCAUCAACGAGAUCCACGAUGAAGUCCUCGAUGGAGUUGUCUGUGUUCCGCGUCGAGACUGACUCUGCCUGGAGCCAAAUGAUGGACUUCCAAGUCACUGUCGCACCUCCACCAAGCCUCGUGAGAAUCCCUUCGGCUCUAUCUUCCGUAGCAAGAGGCAGGCCUGGUCUUCCCUUCUUACUGCCAGUGCACGACUCCAACAGUCAACUGCCCACCUGGACCUCCUGGACCUCCCUGGACAGCCUGGAUCACCUGGACAACCCGGAGCACCUGGUCAACCUGGACAAGACAACACCGUUCACAUAUGCUCCAAUAAUCUGCCCUGGAAGAGACACCGGCUGCAUUCAGUGUCCAGCAGGACCACCUGGACCAUCAGGACCAGCUGGAGCUCCCGGAAAUCCUGGACCUGACGGAAACCCAGGUCAGGCUGGAUCUCCUGGUCAGGAUGGGCAACCGGGACCAGUUGGACCUCCCGGAGAUGCUGGAUCACCAGGAAAUCCUGGAGGCUGA